UUGUCAACUGCCAGUAGUUCAUUAACAAACUUAAAUCAGAGAUCCUUCGAAGGAUCAGUCCGAGCGAGCGCCUUCCCAGAGAACCAUCUAAAAGACCCUCCGAAAAUAUUUGUCGGACAAUUCGUGCUCAAGACCCUAGUAUCUUGGCUGUAUCUGCAACGACGCGACAUGGAUGACCACCAAGACAAGAUCGCCACUUUAGCCGACGGGAGAAAGGUUUCAUAUACAGUCUAUGGAUCCCAAGAAUCCAAUGCACCCACUUUCUUCUACCUCCACGGCUUUCCGGGGUCUCAUCACGAGGGAUACGUGAUCAACACCGCUGCAGCUCAACAUGGCGUACGCGUCAUUGCACCAACGCGACCAGGGUACGGCGACUCGACAUUUCAGAAAAACAGAAGAAUUCUCGACUAUCCCAAAGAUAUCAUAGAGUUAGCGGAUAUUCUAUCGAUCAAACAGUUCGCGGUACUAGGUGUCUCCGGUGGUGGACCCUAUGCUAUUGCUUGUCUGAAAGAUCUCCCCCAAGAUCGCCUAGUUGGCAUCGGGACUGUGGCAGGAGUCAUGCCAAUGUCUUUCUCUACGCAAGGAAUGCUUACCAUCACACGAGUCAUGUUCAACAUAGCACCAUACGCUACAGGAAUCGUGGGCUGGAUUACCGAUAGAGUGUUGGGGAACACAGCGCGAGACACCAAACACCCAGAGAAGUUGGAGGAGAUGAUGGACAAAGACAUAAGUGCUCGAUCAGCCAGUGACAAAGAAGUAUGGGAGACUCAUCCGGACUUGAGAAAGUCUAUAGGGCGGGCUACGAGAGAGGCUAUGAAGCAGGGCGGUUAUGCAACUGCGUGGGAAGCGCGGUUGUUUGGAAGCAAUUGGGGGUUUAAGCUGGAGGAUGUCAAAGUUGAGAAGGGAAGGAUGAUAAUGUGGCAUGGAGACUUGGAUGUCAAUGUUCCGAUUGGAGUUUCUGAAAAGGCAGUUCAGCUUAUGCCGGGUGCGGAACUGAGAGUCAUGAAAGGGGAGAGUCAUCUGAGUUUGGUGACCAAGGUGGAAGAGUUCACAGUGGCUAUGAAGGAUAUGCUAUCAAAAUCAGACCCAGGAACCAAGCAGAUUUGAGAGAACAAAAUGCGAUAUAGAUCGAGCUAAAAUCUAUACUAAAAUCCCCAAAUCUCGUCUAAGC